GUGGUUUGUGGCCGGUGUGUGUGUGUGUGUGUGUGUGUAUUUCUUCAGGAGGACGACUUACUUCCAAUUAUCCUCUCGCACACAACGAUUUUUCCUCGCGUUGUCAGUGUCCUCGGGAGCGGAGACCUCCACGGCUUACCGCGGGACCGUGUCACGGACUUUAUUCGUUUGCGAGUUUCUUUUCUGGAGAAUUUACCGCGUCCCUCAGCGAGGAGCUAAGCUAGGUAUCGGGCUCCUGAGCUAAUACUGGAUUUGCGCAAAUUCUCCGCGCACAAAAGUUGCACAGACGAAAAAAUUACUUCUUCCUCCUGGAUAAAUGCACUCGGAAUUAUUUCUAAAGUCUCUUUCAGUCCGGAGGGCUUGAUAAGAAGAAGAUAAAGGCCACCGUUACCUCAGCGAAGCUAACGCGCUAUUAUGAAGUUAGCCAGCUAACGCUCUGGUACGCAAGAAAGCAGCCUCCGCGGGAGCGGUUUGUAAAAUUUACAUGAAUUCUGACAGUUAAAAGCUUGCAAAUGUCGGGUUGAUUAGGUCAUUAAGCUUUUGUUUUCAUAGUGAAAGGCUGAUCAGUCUUGGGGAGUGGUGGCUUGGUGAUCUGUCCUGCAUACUUGAGCCAAACCCACUCACGUUAUUAAUCUUCAUUAGGGUUUAACAUUUGCGUUAGUGUGUUUUUGUGCCCGUUAAUAUAGAAAUCGUUGACAGGUUAAUCUAGAAGCGCAUGUCAAACGGCGCACAGUCUUAUUUCUGAGGGGGGGGGGAGUAACGUUAUAGAUUAGCUGGUCCAACAGGUUACUAGUAUAGCGUUACUGACUUGUAUUUUUGGCCAGGCCUAUGGUUGUGAAGGGGGAUGAGGAUGAAUUGUGUAGGGAACGAGGUGUAACAACUCAAGUUGUGGACUGUCAUCUAAAAAACAGAGUUGUAUGGAAUUGGGCAGCUGGUUUGGCAUCAUGGGGGUCUCGCAAGGGGGCAUGAAGUUGUCAACAUAGUGUCUAACUAGUCAUUUUGACGUUAUUAUGUAGUCGGUCAGCAGGAGAGCCUCGUCUUUUCUUAGAGUUUUCGUAUUGCCAUGUGCGUUGUUCACCUGCUAAUUCAUUAAGAUAUUGGAGCAACGGGCCAGUCUGGAUCAAGAAACCCUGUCUUUCGUCUCUGGUUGGAGUAGCACUCCCAAGCCAUCCUCAAUGCCUUCAGCGCUGGCCGUGUUUACCUGUCGCCCGAAUUCACACCCGUUUCAGGAACGUCAUGUCUACCUGGAUGAGCCGGUCAAGAUCGGGCGCUCCGUGGCCCGGUGUCGCCCUGCCCAGAAUAACGCCACCUUCGACUGCAAGGUGUUGUCCAGGAAUCACGCUCUGGUGUGGUUCGACCACAAGACGGGAAAGUUCUAUCUCCAGGACACCAAAAGCAGCAAUGGCACCUUCAUCAACAGCCAGCGUCUGAGCCGGGGGUCGGAGGAGAGCCCUCCCUGUGAGGUGCUCUCCGGUGACAUCAUUCAGUUUGGGGUGGAUGUGACGGAGAACACGCGGAAAGUCACUCAUGGCUGUAUAGUGUCGACCAUCAAGCUCUUCUUACCAGAUGGCAUGGAAGCUCGGCGGCGUUCAGAGAAGUUUCUGCAGGACACAUUUUUAAAGGGUUUGUUCUUCCAAAAGGGGCUCAUCCUUCUCACCCUAAUCCGUAGUCAUGGGAAAUCUGGCAAUACCAUGGAAGUGUCCGCAAAUACACCCAGUAUGUAUUCUCAGGAACUGUUUCAGCUGUCCCAGUACCUGCAGGAGGCCUUACACAGAGAGCAGAUGCUGGAGCAGAAGUUGGCCACUUUACAGAGGCUGCUUGCCAGCACACAGGAAGCAUCAGAGAGCAGCUGGCAGGCUUUAAUCGAUGAAGACCGGUUACUCUCUAGAUUGGAGGUGAUGGGGAAUCAGUUGCAAGCAUAUUCAAAAAACCAAACAGAAGAUGGUAUCCGAAAGGAGCUUGUAGCCUUAACAGAGGACAAACACAAUUAUGAGACGACAGCCAAAGAGUCCCUGAGGCGGGUCCUUCAGGAGAAAAUUGAGGUGGUGAGGAAGCUGUCCGAGGUGGAGAGGAGUUUGAGUAACACCGAGGACGAGUGCACACACCUGAGAGAGAUGAACGAACGCACACAGGAGGAGCUCAGAGAACUCGCCAACAAAUACAAUGGCGCUGUCAAUGAAAUCAAGGAUCUCACCGAAAAGAUCAAGUUGGCAGAGGGCAAACAUGAGGAGCUCACUCAGAAAGGCCUGAAUGAGAAAAAAGAGCUACAGCUGAAGAUCGAAGAGAUGGAGGAGAAAGAACAGGUGCUUCAAGCUCAAAUCGAAGCUCUGCAGGCGGACAAUGACUUCACGAAUGAGAGACUAACAGCCCUGCAAGUCCGGUUAGAACAGCUGCAGGAGAAAAGCAUAAAGGAAAACAACAGUUUAGACCACUUUCUUUUAAAGAGUGGAGGAGACUGCACUUUAAUCCAACAGUACAUUGAGUGUCAAUCGGUGAGGCAGCUGAAGGAAGCGGUGGACUCAUCCAUUAACAAGCUGUCUAACUUUGACGAAGUCAUUGAUGCACAUCUCCAGAAUAACCAGACGACAGUGGACAACAGCUUGGCCAGUCCAGACAGGCUUAAAGAAAACCAAAUAGACGCUAAAGAGUGCGAUAUGUCAGAUACUCUGAGCCCCAGCAAGGACAAAAGCAGUGACGACACAUCAGGUCAUCUCAACGGCCCAUUUGUAGAUCUUGCAUUAGAGCCGUCUGAGCGUGUGCUGGACUUACGUAAUCAGGCUUCAAGUUGUGUCCCCCAUGUUUUUUCUUCAUGCUCCCUCACUGCAGCAUCUGCUCUGUGUGUGUUUGUAGAAAUGGACAGGAAUCUGGAAGCUGGAGACACUGAGCAGGUCAUUCCACACCUCCACCGAGAGCUGCAGGAGGCCCAGGAGCUCGCCAACACUGGCAAACAGAAAUGCCUCGAGCUGCAAGCACUGCUGGAGGAAGAGAGAAGAACCAACAGACAGCAGACUGAAGAAUCUGCUAAACAGAUCCGCUUCUUACAGACUCAACUGGCGAAGCUCCAGUCUGAUAUGGAGGCUUUACGUGAGCAGAGAGAGAACACCAUCACCACCACCCGCGAGGAGCUCUACAGCGCCCAGGAGGAGAUCCUGGUUCUCCGGCACACCAUGGAGUCCGCCACCGCUGAGCGGGAACGAGAGAUCGCCGCCCUGCAGGGAGACUUGAGCGUCGUCACCGCCGAACUGGACAAAUGGAGACAGACGGCAGCCAAGUAUGAAGUGGAGAUCAGCAACUUACAGGCCAGCUUCCAGCUCCAGAGCCAGCACCAGGAAAGAGCUAGCCAACUUCAAGGUGAAUUGGAGAAGCUUCAGGGCGAGUGCUCUGGUCUGCAGAAUGAAUGUGACAGUCUGCGGGCUGAGAAGACCACACUGAUGCAGAAACUCCACAGACUAGAGGAAGAGCUCGACAGCUCCAGAGAGCAGAGCACGACGUUGAGCAGCAGCCUGAAUGCUCUGGAAAAAUCCCAGGGAGACCUGGAGAAUAAGCUGGGCUCAAUACAAGACCAGCACCAACAGGACGCUAGCAAACUGAAGAUCCAGCUGGCUCAAGCUGAAAGCCGCACCAGAGACCUGCAGAAAGAGUACGACGACACUCAGAAUCUGCUCUCAGAUCUGCGGCAGCAGUAUGAGCAGACGGAGCAGGAGAAAUACUCCAUCAAAGACGAGCUGGAACAGUGCACGGUCAACCUCAAGCUCCUGCAGGAGAAAGGCAGCAGUAGCGGUUGGAUGCCCUGGAUGCCGGUGGUUGCUGCUGUGGUUGCCGUGACAGCAGUGGUGCUUUAUCCCAACUUGUCCAAGAGCUCCUCCUGAGAACCAAUCAGAACACUCGUCGUCUCUACCACUUCCUGUCCCCAGCACGGCCCUCUGUCCAACCUGAACAUAAUACCUCUCGUUUUGACAAUACAGCCCCAAUGUCUGUGUAAAAUGCAAAUGUAUAUAGUAUAGAAAGAAAGAGGGAAUAAAGUUGUAACGCAUAUUAUAGAAUAAAUAAUCUAUCAGCGUUUUUGUCACUCGGAUGGAAAUUUUGAUGAUUAAAAUGGCCUAAACUAGGUCUACUGUUUCGUUUUCUUGAAUGGGUACCACGUUUUCUGUUAGCAAGUUUUUGUUUCUUGGACUCUUCUUGUGGUUUGCCAUCUUAGAUGUGGCAAUCCAACUAGAUGUACAGCCAAAUGAGGAUCUGAACUCUAGGGCACAGAGGGGAGAAGUGCCUAUUUUAAAUACUAGUAGGACUAGUUCACAUUGAAGUGCCACUCAUGCAGCGAAUGGAAAAAAAAGUCUAAAUUUCACGUCGUCUGUGCUGUUAUUGUGUGUUCGAGCCGACAUGCUUCUAGCACAGUGAUGUUGUUGUUCUCUAUGGCUGUUUCUCUUGUAUCAUGUAUUAUAAGCAAAUGUUCAUGUCAGAGACACUACAAGUAUCUAGGUGGUUUUGAAAAUCAACGUUAGGAUUGCGGUCAGCGUCAAACAGAUGGAGCGUUGACCUAAAACAAAAACAAAUGUUGUAGCUUUUUACCAACACACUGUCCUGCUGUUCGGACUGAGAUGGAGCACUUUGGAAAACUCCUACAGUACCUCCUGAAAAAGGCUCUGGGAUUUUGCUGCCUUACCUGUAACAUAGGUUUCUUCUUACAGAGUGAAAUUGGAUGCAAAGGCUUUAAAAUGAAUGGGAUAAAUGGGUGGAACUGUCACAGAUCCGCUCUCGUGAAGCACAGAAAUGGGUGAGAGUGAAUUAUUUGGAGGGUGAAUGGAAUGAGUUGUUUAAAUGUGGAUGUGCAAGCUGCUUUGAGACUGCAGGAAGACGAAUUAACCAAUGAUGUGUUUGGUGUGUGGUUCACAUUUGUCUGCUGUGCUGUAAAUAAACAGUCGUGGAGCAAAAAGCCGAGCUCAUCUGGUUCAACGUGUCGCAGACUUUGUUUUUGCAUCUUUUUUUGUUUCACUGGAAAGACAUACUGCAACAAAAAUCCACUGAACAUGUCAACAUGGAUUUGACCAUGAAUGAAAAAAAGCAAAGCUUGUAGCACAGAAAGUAUAGCUUUAAACAGAUCUCUUGCAUCGAAAGCAGCGUUUUUGUUCUUUAAACAGCACGAUGGACUUUUUAUUUCUAAAGUCCGCUUGGAACAUCGUCCUUCACAGGCCGUUUGUAAAUAUGUAUGUAUGAAUGUUUGUGUGUAAAUAUGUUAUAGUCACAAAAUAAACAUUGGAUAUAAAUGA